AUGGACCCAGCCGCUGGAUUUGCACCGUUUCAGGAACGGGUGCAGACGUCUCUUAUGGAUGUCACCCGUACCGUCGGCGCGUUGCCCGUUGACGAUCUCAACUUCCACCGGACCUCAAGCGCAAAGGUCUCGGAAGGGUUGGAUGAGGAAAGCGGUCGAUUGCUGUCGCUCACAUCGUCUCUCUUGAAGGCGGCUACUGCUGGGACUGAUAUCUCCGCUCCGGUACUGUCAGACGAGGAUUCAAUCGAUGAUAAUUGGCGGGGCAUUGUGGAUGUGAUUGAUGCGCUCCUGGAAAAGGCAGAUGCAUGCUUGGACGAAUUCACAGGGGUCAUUAAAAAAUUGAGCCCUUCGCAGGAUAAGGAUGGAGAGAAGAAAGAUGCGGCUACGGGUACGAGAAAGACGCAGAACUUCCCGACAAUUUACGACUAUGGCCCGUCGAAAAUCCCCAAACCCCAACUUCAGUUUGAGCACCAGGUCGAUCCUACGGAUACAUCGCCCUUCAAGCCUCUGCUCAAGACCAAGCCGCAUGCUAUCGAUUCGCUGGAGCAGUCGCUGACACCACCUACUGACGCGCCUAAGUGUUAUCGUAAUCCGUACGAGACGGAGAUCCGUGCUGCGAAGUACCCCGGCUCUGCUUAUACUGUGUCACCUCCAAUUGACUAUCUGCCAUUCCAAUCGACGACCGCGACGUUUGUGGAUACUUUGGAAGGGGUGAAGGAGAUGCUGGCGGAGCUGAAGUCUGCGAGUGAGAUUGCGAUCGAUUUGGAACACCACGACGUGCAUUCUUAUCAUGGACUUGUCUCGCUGAUGCAGAUUAGCACACGGGACAAAGACUGGGUUGUGGACACGCUCAAGCCGUGGAGAGAGGAGCUACAAAUGCUCAACGAGGUGUUCGCGGACCCUAAAAUCUUGAAGCUCUUCCAUGGAUCAAGCAUGGAUAUUAUCUGGCUGCAGCGCGACCUCGGCCUCUAUGUUGUGGGCAUGUUCGACACAUAUCAUGCCGCUUUUGCGCUCAGCUAUCCGAAGAAAAGUUUGAAGUUUUUGCUGCAAAAGUUUGUCAACUUUGAGGCCGAUAAGCAGUACCAGAUGGCCGACUGGCGGAUUCGACCACUUCCGUCUGGCAUGUUCAACUAUGCCCGUUCCGAUACCCACUAUCUCCUCUACGUUUAUGACAACCUACGAAACGAACUCUUGGAGAACUCCACGCCCGAGGCGAACCUUGUGGAUUAUGUCCUCGAGAAGUCAAAGGCCGAGGCGCUGCAGCGAUAUGAGCGUCCCGUCUACGACGCAGCUACAGGGCAAGGCGCGGGUGGUUGGUACGACCUGAUGACGCGCAGCCCGGCUAUCCUCAACAACGAGCAGUUUGCUGUCCUCAGGGCAGUGCACGAAUGGCGCGACAAGGUAGCUCGGGAGGAGGAUGAAGGUGUGCAAUGCGUUUUCCCAAAGCACAUCCUUUUCCGAGUCGCCCAGACGAUGCCUCAAGACCUUGGUACAUUGUUCAGGACAAUGUCUCCUAUGACACCGCUCACCAAAGAGCGUGCCCCAGACCUGUUGCAGAUAAUCAAGACAGCAAAGGCUGAAGGUGCCACCGGGCCGGAAUGGCGUGACAUCUAUGUCAAACCUGUCAGAAGCCAGCGACCAGUACAGCUUCCUCCGACGCCUCAUACAGCGCAAGAUGGUUCUUUCCCUACCGCUUCCCGCUACGAAAUCUCACAGUUCUGGGGCUCUGUGCUGGAUGCCGAGACCCCGCCCCAAUCUCCACUGGAAUACUCUCUAGUAGCAUCCGCCGAAGCCCUUCGCCUCUCCCUCCCUCUUCCGCCUAUGCCGAGAACAGUCGCCGAAGUCCGCGUUGCGCAACCACUUAAACCAAAAACCCCCACACCAGCACCCAAGAAGGAAGAAGAAGACAAGAACAAGAUCUUCACCGUCAAAGAACUUGGUGGCCCACGUAAGCGCAAGGGUGCGCCACAACCUCCGGCCGAAGCCGAAACAACCUCACCCUCAGAAGAACCCGAAGCCGAGCAUGAACUCGACGAGAUCCCUAUCGAGGUUGAUUCGCCUCCCUCUAAGAAACAGCGCCGGAAGGAAAAGCGCGAGAAGAAGAAAAAGGAGAAGCAAUCUCAGGCUGCAGAGGACUCAACGCCAUUCAAUUACGACACGGCCGAAUCUAUCCUCAACGCCAAACCUCAAGCUACGUCUGGUCUUCCUUCCAAGCGGCCAUUUGAUCCAUACAAGAAGGCACUCGAGGCUCCUCGGACUGGAGUCAAGAAGGAGAAGAAAGAGCUGCCUGGAAGGAGUUUUACAUUCAGGUAG